CGAAACAGCAUAUAAUGGUGACGUCAGGUUGGGGAUCCUGGCUUCGGACUAUACGGAAACUCAACAUAGACGUAGGAUAUGAGAUCGUGAUAUGGAGGACGGCCAAUGUGGGGGGGAUCUGGAAUACAUGAUCCAAGAUGAAGACACCCUUAUUGAGGGGGUCAGUAACCAGGUGCUUUUUGUGGUGGUGCUCAGUUUCGCUUUCCUUGGAGGCUUACUGACUUUACUCUGCAGGGAGGAACACCAGGACAUUCAUCCAGAGAACCAGGAGCACGUCCGAGCUGUUCGAGAACAGCUUCAGUCUGAGCAGGAUGAAAACCCUGCGGAAGCCAGGCAGCAGUAUUACACGGACAUGUCCUGCCCGGUUUGUCUGCAGCAGGCAGUGCUGCCCGUAGAGACCAACUGCGGACACCUCUUCUGUGGUCCCUGCAUCGUAGCCUACUGGAGGUAUGGAACUUGGCUGGGUGCUAUACACUGUCCCAUCUGCAGACAAAUGGUGACGCUGCUUUUCCCCCUGUUCCAGGAGCACGACUCCCCGCAGCGGGUCCAGGAUGGGGAAGCCGUGCCCCAGCUCAUCCACCGGGACAUCAACGACUACAACCGCAGGUUCUCAGGGCAGCCCCGAUCCCUGAUGGACCGCCUGCGAGACGUGCCCACGCUGCUGCGCCACGCCUUCAGGGAGCUCUUCUCCAUGGGAGGCCUCUUCUGGAUGUUCCGCAUCCGGAUCCUGCUGUGCCUGGUGGGCGCCCUCACCUACCUGGUGUCCCCGCUGGACUUCCUGCCCGAGGCCCUGUUCGGCCUGCUGGGCUUCAUGGACGACUUCCUAGUCAUCCUGCUCCUCUUCGUCUACAUCUCCAUCAUGUACAGGGAGGUGGUGACGCAAAGGCUCAACGGCUGAGCGGGGGGGGAUGGGGGAGACGUCCGGCGGGCGAUGAUCUCGACGUUACCCCGACACGGAAGGAGAACUACAAAUGAGACUGGAAGAAUCCCAGCGGAGGAUGAAUCUCUUGCGACUGGUUAUUGUUUUGUUUUGAGGGAUUGGAGUUUGAGGUUUAUUUUCCACAUCAGUAUGUACAAUCCAUGUACACAGAUGCCGCAAUACCUGGUGUUGUAACCUGGAUGUCUGUCUAAACAAUACUGCAUUGUAAUCCAUUUUUCCACACUGGUCAUUUCGAUACUUUUGUCAUCCAUUUUUUGACAGCAUGUUGGACAACAAGGCAAAUACUGAAUGAAACAUAUCGCAUCUGGCACAUUGUGUUUUGUAUGAAAAUGCAUUUAUUGCAAUAUAAACUAAUGUGAAUUAUUCUAAUUGUACUUAACUUGAAUUUGGCAUACUGGCAUCAUUCUGGUUUGAAUUUGCUAAUCUGAACAGGAUAUGUGUAGUGUGUUUGGUGCCUUGUUCAAACAUUUUUUUGAUGAACAGUCUUUAUCAGAAACAGUGAUAUUACACUGAAAUUAAAUAAGGCGGCUCUCUGUUGCUUUUUGGAAUGUAGGAGCAGAAUUAAAAACAAUUCAAAUGAUUCAGUAAAGUUAGUUUCAGUAAAAAGGUUGUGUGUUUUACCUUCACCCAGAUUAUCAAAAAAGGGGUAAAGAAACACAUGGGCUUGUUCCGUUUGGUAUCCUGAUGUUAGUGAAUUGGGGAGGGGGAAUCAUUAUUUGCAUGAUUAUUAUGCAUUUAUUAUGUUCAUUAUUAAACAAAUAAGGGAUUUCUUACCGAAAGUUUUUGCUGGCAACUGGUAGUACAUUGCAUUAAUUGAAUUGCAGCCGUUUAGUUUCUUCGUUUUAUAUGGAAAAUAAAAACUUGCGAUUGAUUGUAUUAUUAAAUAAUUUGUAACCUAACGGUCAGAAACUGGAAAAAAAUAAUAAUUAAGAAAUCAUACAAUCAAUUAUGAUUGUGUAAGACGUGACAUUUAUGAAUGAUGAGUGAUAAGUUUAUGAAGCCAAACUUGCGGUUGUUCAUUGGAACCUUCCUAGACAGCCGCCAUUGGAUGUUAUGGCUUACGUCACAGUGGGAUUUAUUGAUUGUAUGCGCGUGCAACAUACGAUUUUUCAUAUAGGCCUACUGGUGAUGUUGAUGUCAUACACAUUUCAUAAGAAUAAAUUAAUAAGGAUAAAUGUAUGGUGGCAAUGAUCGUUUGAAUCUCACAGAUGUAAGACUAUGAUUAUGUCAGAUCAGAUGUGUGAUCAGCGUAAGGUGUGUGCUUUAUGCAUGCUUUAUGUUGGCCCAUAGUGCACUUAGAAACUUUUACAUUCCUUUGUCACAGCUGACGAACCCACACACCCUGUUUUGACACGCAACAUAUUCAUGUCAUAAUAUCUAGUCUAAUUAAAACAUUAUCCUAGCUUCAUGGAAGAUAAACAAUUACAUGACAUGCUAUAUAACAAUGCGUUAUUGACUGAUUGAUUGAUUGUGUUCGGUUAUAAAGCUUCAUCAUAAGUGUAAUUUAUACUGGGGACAUUGAGGACAUGUCGCCAUAACUUUUUGUAAUGGCAGAUUAAGUCCUCAUCACUUUUUAACAGCAUAAUUGGUUAAACAUGAUCUGAGUAAUAGCCUGACGUUGUUAACCUUAUUCCUUCUGUUUCUAUUUUUUGCCUAUUUUAGAGCAGUGAUACAUUUUUAUAGCUGGGUUUUCAACAGAAGGCUAAAUGUGAUAUUGGCAUUGGAUUUGAUUCCAGCUGUGGAUGAGAUCUGCAUACAUGGACUAUUGUUACUGCGGUCGAGUAUUUUCGUACGGUUCUUGCCGUAAUGAUAUACCUGCCCUGACUUUGAAACAAGUCGUCUUCAAUCUUGUGAAAUAUACAACUAAUAACAUUAUUCAUUCGCAAU